AUGAUGGCUUUUGGGAUGCUGACAUUUUUUGUUUCUUAUUCUUUUCUUCUCCUUUGGGCGGAUUACCACAAACUAGUUCGCUACCGUGAGUUUCACUUUGUAAAGCUCUUUGCUACCAACUCGCUUGAAGCCAUCAGCAAGCACAUCAAGUUGAACCAGACCUAUCCCUGGGGCACGGACUCCGGCGAUGCCUUCGGAGACGGCGAGGGAUUCGACGGCGACGGCGUUGGCAACAACGUCUCUGAUCAGGAGAACUAUCCUUACAACUAA